AUGGACACUGCCGACAUUCAGGGAAAGCUGCUGGCCUACUUCAACCAGCUCAGCCCCGAAGCCCGCGACCGCCUCCUAGCCAGUGCCCCUGCCCAGGAGACACAGCCUCAACCCGCCUCAGGUUCAGGCAAUGCCCAGCCGGGACAGACACUGCCCACCAAGGCCCCGCCACCGGUGGUCACUGGCCAAGCCCAAGCCCAAUCGCCUGAAUCGGGCUCGACGCCCAAUCCAGCCCCGGAUGCCUCAGCCUCGUCCUUGCUCGCAGACGAGCUAGCCGAUAUGAAGAAGUCAGCCUCCACCCGCCGCGGGCAAAAGGCGAAAGCCCUCACACGCAAAGAUUGGGACUUCAUCGACCCAGCCCAAGGCCUCUCCUGGUCGCCCGACCAGAUCCGCCGAGCCCAUGGGGAUGGCCGCGUCAUUCCCAGCCUAGUUUUCAGCUUGCCGAGACAAGCCCAUCUGCCCAGCCCGGCCCACUGCCCUCGGUCUCCGAGACCCGCCCAGCCCGACAUCCAAGAGGAUGAGGCCCUCAACACGCCCUUGCCCAGAAGCUCCAGCGACGAGGACAGCCCUGUGAUCGAGGAGGUCAUAGGUUUCGGGGGCGUGCCUAUUGCCAUGCCCAAGAUUGUCAGCCCAUGGCCGCCCAAGCAGCCCAAAGCACCUGCGCCCGCAGAACCACAGGUGCCGCCAGCCCCUCCUGCCAAGAGUACCCCGCCCAGCCCGGGGCAGAGCUUGCCCUCCGAGCCCACCAGCAAGGCUGACCCGCCAGCCAAUGCCGUCUCGGUGGACUGGGACUCCUUCUGGUUCAAUGUCGAGGAAGAGUUCAUGGCAGCCCAGCCCAAAGGUCCUCCCUCCUGCCCACCGCCCGCACAACCGCCUCAGCAGACCCAAGAAUCCCAUCAGCCGCCGGGAACCAAGGCCCCGCCGCCGCCUAUGCCGCAGGAGCCAGAACCAGCCCACAAAAAGAUCAAAUGCUCCGUCUUCGGAGCGGAUGGCUGGAUCCUCAGGAAGGACCAGAGGGGUCGGGUGCACAUCACAGAAGCCGACUACGCCAGCCUAGUCGCCCAUGCCGACCAGGGAGAAGCCAACACCUCGCCUCCCACUGCCCAAGAGCAGACGGACUCGCAGAACGCCCAGACCCAGGAUGACUUCACGGACCUACUCGGCCUAGGGCAAGACUCCUCGGAUCGAGGCCUCCGCAACCCCUUCCCGAACCCACUGCGCACAGGAGGGGACUUCCGGCCCAAGGCAACCAGUGCCAGGUCCAUGCCCUGCCCACACUUGCUGAUUACGCCCAACGCCGACAGACGCUACCGAGGCACCCUCAUCAUGCCCAGUGUGUCCCUACCAGAUACUUUCAAUCUGGCGCCCCACCUUCUCAAGGUCUUCUACGUGGACCAUCGAGAACGCCUACGAUGCAUGCGCCCAUGCUCAACACGCCCACACUGCCCCUUCGGCCUCGUGUGUGCACAGAUUAUGUCGGACAGCGACAGUGAGCAUUUGGAUCACCUGUGCAGCCGCUGCGUGGAGUUUCGCAGAGCCCACGAAGACCCAUGGGGCUGGUUCCAUGCCUACGCGCCUUAA